AUGAUCCAGGAGGACACCGGGCGUCACGAGAACAACGUGCUCUGGGCGUACAACGUCGACAGCGGCACCCUGACGCGCGUGCUGUCAUCCCCCCGCAUCGCCGAAGUGACUGGCAUGUGGGCCAACGUCAUCAAGAGCUGGGGUUACCUCAGCCUGGCCAUCCAGCACCCCGAGGAGGACCUGCCCAGCACCUCCGCCGCCAACGUCGAGGCGCAGCGCGGCUACAUGGGCUACCUGGGCCCCAUCCCCAACAAAUACUUGAAUGACAAGUAUACCCUGACGUUCACCGGCAUCCCCGCGGCCGUGACGCCCGCGGAGAAGAGCGCGGUGAUUGCCACCACUAAGGUGUGCAUCGACAAGGCCGCCAAGCCAGCCAAGCCUGGCCAGGGCAACAGUCACUGA